AUGGAAACCCCAAAACUGGUUGGUGUCAGAAGCAGCUUGAUUGUCCUCAAGGGUAGCGUAGGCGUCCAGCGCUUCCAGGCAUCUCUUCAGAUCCUACGGGAGGAGAAGCACCAGCGUCCCGUGGAACGUGCUGCCAGGGAGCAAACCUUGAGUGCCUGUAAUUGUCAAAAACAGCAUUUAUUCGUUGAGAUGAAAAAGCACCCACAACUUCUUCGAAGACCCUUACCUCCAAAAUUCCUUAAGCUGUCUUUUUGUAAGAAGAAAACCCCCACAGCCAAGACUGGUGAAACUAAGUCACCACAUGAAGGUGAAACCACUUCAAUUUUAAGAGAUAAAACCAGUUUUCCGGAUGUUGUGUCCAUAGAUAAAUCAGUACGAUCUACCAAAUUGCGAGAUUUUGUUCUUGGUCGUUCUUUACCAGAUAUAAUGACUACAAUGUUAAAACACUCAAAAUUUACUAAAAAUGUCCGCUGGAACAUUCCAGAUCCUGCUCCUGUUCCCGUAUUUCUUCCAAGUUCUCUACCAGCUUCUAUUCCGGUUGAGGAAGAAAAAGAAAUAGAAAAAGAAAAAGGAAAAGAAAAAGAAAUGUACCAACCAAAAGUGUUAAAAGCACCCAAAAAGGUUGUAAAAGAUCAUCAGCCUUAUACUGAUGAAAGGCUACAAGACAUUUUAAUUCUUUCUUCACGUUUCUCCAGACCUCUCAUUACUACUCCUUACUCAGUCACCGCUCCCAAAUCUUACCCAGAGAGCUCAAGCUUUGUUUACCCGCACAUCUUGACAGAUGAAGGUGCAAAGGCAUCAGGCCGUGCACCUAGUACCGUAUCUGUUAAAGCAGAAAAACAGCGGUCUGAUCAUUUACCUCAAGGUUCCGGAGUGGUAGUAAACGUUGCUGAAUUUCCACUUGACAUUUUCCUGCCAUCACCGGCUGUGCCAAGAAAACCUCAUCGACAGUCUGUCCUCGAAGCUCGUGUCAUGGAACAUGAAAGUGAAGAAAUUGCCUCCAAGCCAGCCAGAACAAGAUCUGUUAAAGUUUCUAUAGGUGGCCAAAAAAUGGUCAAAAAAGAAUCAGGUGUGUAUGUUCUACGUGGUGAAGGUUUUAAGACUGUUACAACAACUCGAUAUGAAACAAUAACAGCCAUGGCCAAUCUGGCCGUAGUAAACUGUCAAGCAUAUGGAAGAAAUGCACUUAAUCUUAAGGGCUUUUUUAUCUUGAAUUGUCCAGAUUUAUCACCUUUGGCUUUCCAAUUGAUAUAUCUCAAUUUAUCAUUUAAUGAUAUUCGUUACUUUCCCACAGAAGUAUUCUGCCUUAAAAAUUUACAAGUACUGAAACUGAGAAAUAAUCCUAUCAAAACAAUUCCUUCUGAAGUUCAGCAGCUGAAGUACCUUAGAAUUUUUGAGAUGUCCUUUAAUUUGGUUUCUGUUCUUCCACCUGGGUUAUUUUCCUUGUCAUAUCUCGAGGAGCUUGAUGUUUCCUACAAUGAAAUUACUGUUAUUCCAAACCAGAUCCAAAAACUCAGGUCACUUGAAAGACUGAAUGUCGAUGGGAAUGAACUAGGCUUUUUCCCAUGCGGAAUUCUGAAGCUUAGCCUGAUGAAAAUUCAGUUUGAGAAUAAUUUCACUCAUCCUUGCUUUUGGAAAGAAUAUUCGUUGAACGAUCCACAACGACUUACUCACAUUGUAUCUUUGUUCAUUGUCAAGCAUGGUCUACAUAAACUUUAUGAGAAGAUUCCAGCAAAAAUUCAGAACUUACUAAAAUGGACAUCCAGGUGUGAAUGGUGCCAUGGUCCCAAGUUUGGUGAAGGUUUUCAUAUCAUCCAUUCCUAUGAUAUUUUUGGAGCAGCACAACUUCCUGUUAUGUUCUAUGUCUGUUCUUCUUUUUGUUACCGAGCAUUCCAUAAGUACUCGUGGAACCUACACAAGUUGUUGGCGUGGGACUGA